UUAUCCCCAUCACUUAUCUUUUUUUUUUUUAAGUCUAAAAUUAAUUCGUUAUAUUGAAAGUUCUACGGUCUUAAAUCUCUCGGAUUAAUCACCUGUAAUACCGGUUAUCGAAUUGUGGUUUUCCUUCUCGUAGCGAAAAUUAUACAAAUUUAUUAGCUUUUGAUCUCAAUUAUUUUAUUAAUGUUUAUAGCAUCUCUUUCUUUUCAUGAAUAACAAUAUAACCACCAUGAAUCACUUUUCUUUGGCUUAUGAUACAUACUCGAAAUAUAUAAAUGAAUUUUUUGAAAGUUCGAAACUUAUACUGGACGACUAUCUGGAUAGUUUUUUAGAAAGUUCGGACCAUAUAUAUCUCAUAAUCAUGAAUAACUACUUUAAUGGUUUUUUAAAAUAUUCAAAUCAUAUACUUCGAGUAAUUACGAAUGACAGCGAUUUGAAUAAAAUAUCCGUCAUCCUCAUUACUCUCGUCACAGUUGUUCUUAUGGCUUGUUUAUCCUGGUAUUAUACCAACAGUAAAAAUAAUGUAAAAACAUCAAAUAUAGACGGCAAAACCGAAUUUAUCUUCGUACUUGAGGAAGAAUUCAAUAAUUCAACCACAAGUACAGAAAAAGAUGACAAUCUGACUGAAAUUUCACGGGUACCUUUUCAAGAAAAAAUUGGAGAACACGGACCUAUAAACAAAUCUUUAGAAACUUCAUUCGCUUCACUUCAAGAAGAAAGUGAUUUUACGAUUAAAUAUUUACAAGAAUCACGUCAAGAGCAAGAUGUUGUUAAAAUCAAAGAAUCAGAAAUAUUAUCUCAAGAAGAUGCAAGUAUGAGACUUAAUGAUUCCACAGAAAUAAAAACCGAACCCGUGAAUCAAGAGAAGUCUCAUGAAGAAAUAUUUCACUCAGAUUCUCAUGAGCCUGAUGCAAAUUUGAGAUCCAAUGAUUCAACGGAAUUACUAACCGAUCAAGAGAAGUCUCAUGAAGAAGUACUUCAAUCAAAUUCUCAUGAACCUGAUGCAAGCGAUGCAAGCGUGAGACCUAAUCAAGAGAAGUUUCAUGAGGAGGUUCUUCAAUCAAAUUCUUAUGAACCUGGUGCGAGACCUGAAGAUUAUAUGGAGUUAAAAACCGAAACUGUAAAUCAAGAGAAGUUCAAUGAAGUAGUACUUCAAUCAAAUAUUCAUGAGCCUGAAGCAAGUUUACAAUCAGAUUAUGAAGAGAUAAGUUACGAAGAGAUAGAGGAGUCACUGUAUCAAGAGAGUGAUGAAAAUCCUCUCGCGAAUGCACCUAAUACUAUAAUUCAGGAGAAAUCUGAAGCAAGUGCGCAAUAUCAAAGUUAUGAAGAGAUAAGCAAUGAAAGCGAUGAUAACCCACUUGCAAAUGGUUCAGACAAAGUGACACUCCAAGAACCUGAAACGAGUCUUCAAUAUAAAAUACAGCAAAUAUUGUCGCGUAUCCCAAAAGCUGAUUCUCCAAUAACGCAAACAGGGUUGAAUUAUACAUUUACGCCUAAAACAGAAUCCGAGUCUGAAGUUUCUUCUCAAUCAGAUUUAUCAGAUAUUGAGGAAACCAAGUAUGAAGAUGCUUAUGUUCAAACGGAUUUAAGAGGUUCACGUUCUAUAAUUCUAAAUGAUCAAAUACCCGUAAAAGUGCCGUUACCGAAUGAAACGGCAUUGGAUGUACUUGACGAAUUCCGCUUAUCUAACGUUGUGUAUGCAUUUAGCGGACAAGAUUUGAUAGAGUUUGAAGAUUAUGACGAAGAAGAAGAAAUUCGUCGCUUCUUAUUUAAAAAAAAUAUUUAAAUGGCAUAUAUUUAAUAUUUUUGUAUAUUACUUUUUUUAUUUAUUUAUUUUUUUUU